AUGGUUAAGCCAGGGCACCUUUGUGCCACCAAAAGUUACUGGAAAGCCGCCUGCUACAUCAUAGACGUCCACAGAAUGUUUUAUUUUACAAGACUCAUGUUGUUCUUGCUUUGCCUGAUGGUUCUUGUGGACAGCAGAAGGCCCAGGAGGAAGAGAUGGACGGGCCAGCUGGAAGUGCCCCAGCCGAGUCACUUACAUAAAAAGAACCUCGAUGUGACCAAAAUCCGAGCAGGAAAACCUCAGCCUCUUCUCCGAGUGGACAACCAUGACUUCACCAUGAGGCCGGGUUUUGGAGGCCCUGCCAUCCCGGUGGGUGUGGACGUGCAAGUGGAGAGUCUGGACAGCAUCUCUGAGGUGGACAUGGACUUCACCAUGACCCUGUACCUGCGGCAUUACUGGAAGGACGAAAGGCUGGCUUUCCCCAGCACCAGCAACAAAAGCAUGACUUUUGAUGGCCGGCUGGUGAAGAAGAUCUGGGUCCCCGACGUCUUCUUUGUUCACUCCAAAAGGUCAUUCAUUCAUGAUACCACCACCGACAACAUCAUGCUGAGGGUGUUCCCAGAUGGGCAUGUGCUGUACAGCAUGAGGAUCACAGUGACAGCCAUGUGCAACAUGGACUUCAGCCACUUUCCCCUGGACUCUCAGACCUGCUCUUUGGAGCUGGAGAGCUAUGCGUAUACAGAUGAAGACCUAAUGCUGUAUUGGAAGAACGGGGACGAAUCUCUGAAAACAGAUGAGAAGAUUUCCUUGUCUCAGUUUCUGAUUCAGAAAUUCCACACGACUUCCAGACUGGCCUUCUACAGCAGCACUGGCUGGUACAAUCGUCUCUACAUUAAUUUCACUCUGCAUCGCCACAUCUUCUUCUUCUUGCUCCAAACCUAUUUCCCUGCCACCCUGAUGGUCAUGCUGUCCUGGGUGUCCUUCUGGAUCGACCACAGAGCUGUGCCUGCCAGAAUUUCACUGGGCAUCACGACAGUGCUGACCAUGUCCACCAUCAUCACGGGCGUGAACGCGUCCAUGCCCCGCGUGUCCUACAUCAAGGCCGUGGACAUCUACCUCUGGGUCAGCUUCGUGUUCGUGUUCCUCUCAGUGCUGGAGUACGCGGCCGUUAACUACCUGACCACGGUGCAGGAGCGGAAGGGGCGGAAGCUGCGGGAGAAGUUUCCUUGCAUGUGUGGGAUGCUUCAUUCAAGAACCAUGAUGCUGGAUGGAAGCUGCAGUGAGUCUGAGGCCAACAGCCUGGCUGGGUACCCGAGAAGCCAUAUUCUGCCAGAAGAAGAAAGACAAGACAAAAUUGUGGUCCACCUGGCCCUGGGCACUGAGUCCAACUCCUCCAGGAAGAAGGGGCUUCUCAAGGGUCAGAUGGGGCUCCGAAUCUUCCAGAACACCCACACCAUCGACAAGUACUCCCGGCUGAUAUUCCCUGCUUCCUACAUAUUUUUCAACUUAAUUUAUUGGUCAGUGUUUUCCUAGGGGCUCCAAGGCUAUGCCUAGGAAAGGGCAUGGAUAGUUAUUGGUGGACACAAGGACCUGCUGCCCACGCUCCCCAUGCCACACACACAGCAGCAGCUCCUGGAUCACGUGGACAGCACUCCACUCUCUGAGGAGUCC